AUGGCUGCUCUUUUGUUGUUACUUUUAUUGCUUUCAAUAUUUUUAAUCUCCACUCUUCCUCAUUCUCUCAACGAUCUCUCUCAUCAUCAACAACAAGAAUUGCUGUUGCGAUUCAAAGCCGCCAUUUCCAAACACAGCACAUCUCUGCCCGAUUGGACUCCCACUCACCCCUUGUGCAACUGGACUGGUGUUACUUGUCACUCCUCUUCUCACUUUGUCCAAGCCAUCAGUUUAACCCAAAUGAGUUUAUACGGCACCAUUUCUCCUGUGCUUGGGAAUCUCUCCUCCCUUCGAUCCCUUGAUCUCUCCCAAAAUCACCUCACUGGUACAAUUCCACCUCAACUCGGCCAACUCCUAAAUCUAUGGAUACUCAGGCUGGACAACAAUCAAUUACAAGGAACCAUUCCGCCCGCUCUCUCCGCUUGCCGCAGUUUGUAUCAUCUGGCACUCUCCCAUAACCAACUGCAUGGCAGAAUUCCGCCUGAGCUCAGUCUUCUCACAAGUUUGAAGUACCUCUACUUGGGCGUUAACACUCUCACGGGUACCAUUCCCAGCUCUUUCAAAAACCUUUCUGCCUUAGUUGUAUUACAUUUGGGCCAUAAUGAGCUCUAUGGCUCCAUUCCUCCUGAAUUAGGACUGUUCACUGACCUAACGUCUCUUAGUUUGUGGGGAAAUCAGCUCAGUGGAAACAUACCAAACUCCUUGGGAAAUUGUUCCAGUCUCCGAUUACUUGUAUUAAAUUCAAACCAACUCCGUGGAACGGUUCCAAUGGAGCUGGGUAAGUUGAACCUUCUUACCCAGCUUUAUCUACACACCAAUCAACUUGUUAGUGACAGCACUAACACAUUGGCCUUUCUCACUGCUCUCACAAAUUGCUCCCACUUGCAAGAAAUAGUUAUAGGACAUAAUCAUUUCACUGGGACAUUGCCCCCUUCCAUAGGCGAACUGUCUUCCAAUCUCAAUUACUUGGCUUUACAAGUCAAUAUGAUAAGCGGAAGCAUACCACAACAGAUUGUUAAUCUGACAAACUUAACUUACUUAGAUUUAGACAAUAAUUUUUUCCGGGGCAGUAUUCCAACUGGAAUUAAAAGAUUCCGUGAGUUGGAAAGAUUGUAUUUGCAUAGGAACAAAUUAGAAGGAAGCAUUCCAAAUGAGAUAGGUCAAAUGCAGCAUCUCGGACUCUUAGCUCUUAGUCAGAACCAGUUAUCUGGAAAAAUACCAGACUCUCUUUGUAACUCUCAGCAGCUAAGACGUCUUUCACUUCAGCACAACAAGUUAUCAGGGAAUAUUCCUGUUAGUUUGGAGGGAUGUCAGAAGUUGGAGCUCCUUGACUUAUCUCACAAUAAACUAGUGGGGAGGAUACCUGGUGAAGUCAUUGCCAACCUCAAAAAUCUGCAAUUCUACCUCAAUCUUUCAUGGAAUUCUCUGGAAGGGUCAUUGCCACAGGAGAUGAGUAAAAUUCUACUGGCUCAAGCCAUAGAUAUAUCUGGAAAUCGACUAACUGGUGUCAUUCCAAUUUCUCUAGGAGACUGCAUAGGAUUAGAAUAUCUAAAUCUGUCCCACAACGCCUUUGUAGGUCCAAUACCUGAUUCACUCUCCAAACUAAAAAAUCUCCAAGAAAUGGACCUUUCUUUCAAUAAUCUGUCAGGGCAGAUUCCUGAAGCAGGGUUGUUUCCAAAAAGAACUGUUAUAACAUUGUUUAUAGGAAACCCUGGCAUAUGUGGCCCAAAAAAUUAUUCAUUGCCUCCAUGCCCAAAUCAGACACGCAAAAAGCAUUCCCUGCUUAAAAAAAUAGUCAUAUCAGUUGUUGGAAGCAUUGGAUUUGUAUUGUGCAUUAUCAUUAUAGGAAUUCUGUGGAUGCAUAAAUUUUCAAGAAAGUUCCUCCGUCCCUCGAGCUUUAUUUUUACAAGGCUCGGCUAUCCAAAAUUUUCUUAUCAAGAUCUUGUAAUUGCAACAUCCAGAUUUGAUGAGUCAAACUUGCUUGGAGUGGGUAACUAUGGAUCCGUGUACAAGGGCAUCUUGAGGGAUGGUAAGAUCAUUGCUAUCAAGACACUUAAUUUUCAAAAUGAAGAAGCUCUUAAGAGUUUUAAGAGAGAAUGCAAAUUGUUAGGGAGGAUUCGGCACCGUAACCUCAUCAAAAUCAUAAGUGCAUUUUUCUACCCUGAUUUGAAGGGUUUGGUUCUUCAGUUUGCAUCUAAUGGGAGCUUGGAAAGACAUUUGAACCCUGAUAGAGAUGAUGAGGACUUUUGUAAGUUGGGAUUGAGCGAGUGUUUGAGCAUUGCUGUAGAUGUAGCCCAUGGCAUUGAAUAUUUACAUCAUGACUGUCCUCUACAAAUUGUGCACUGUGAUUUAAAACCUGGCAAUGUGCUCCUGGAUGCCAACAUGACAGCUCUCGUCACCGAUUUUGGUAUAUCCCGUUUAACUACUACAAAUUCUGUAGAUUCACUGAGUACAACAACAUUUGCACUCAAAGGAUCCAUUGGCUAUAUUGCUCCAGAAUAUGGAUCGGGUGGGAGUGUUUCUACCAAGGGAGAUGUUUAUAGUUAUGGAAUUCUGAUAUUAGAGAUGGUUACAAGGAAGAGGCCAAGUGAUGAUAUGUUUGUAGGAGACAUGAACUUACAAAAGUGGGUGAAAUUGGCUUUUCCAGACAGAUUGGCAGAUAUUGUUGAUAGUGAGCUGUUGAAAGAUGUGAAUGAAAACAUGGAAGACAAUAGAUGUCUUCUUUCUUUUAUUAAUGUUGGUUUGCUUUGCACUGCUGAAUCGCCAAGAGAGCGACCUACCAUGAGAGAUGUAGCCAAUGCCUUGGAGAACCUUAAGACAUCUUUGAUGGGAGGUGCAGCUGCUUCCAAUUUAACAUCUUCCAUAUCAGACCUGCUGCGCAAUGCCAAUCCCACAGGAGCACAGGCAUCUGAUAGUCAAAGUUCUACAUUUUAG